ACACAGAAAUUGAUAUUCCAUCCAAUAAUAGAGGAUCUGUUCGAAGGCCAUCCAAGCCUAACGUUGGUUCGGACGCCUCUCCCUUCAACUACCACCCGAACCCCAUCGACAUGGCCAACCUGACACUCAGCAGAGAGAUGCAGAACAUGGCCGAGCGUCUGGCCGAGAACUCUCACGACAUCUGGGCCAAGAAGAAGAAGGAAGAGCUCAUCACUUGUGGAGGUGGAAUCCACCCACAGCUGGUGCCAUAUGACCUGUUGACUGACAAGGAGAAGAGGAAGGACAGAGAGCGCUCUCAGGAGUUCCUUAAAUAUCUGCAAUACCAAGGAUACAAACUGCACAAACCUAGCCGCGGAGGACCAACGGAGAGCGAGCAGAUGGCCCAGCAGUCCACGGGAGAACUCAGGUUCGCCUACAGUCUGCUGGAGAAACUAAUCCAGUACAUGGAUCGAGCCUCCAUCAACAUGAAACUGCUUAAGCCAUCCACCACCUUCAGCCGGCGGUCCAGCUUCAAAACCUGUACUAGAGACAUCAAAUUCUUCUCCAAGGUGGUUCUUCCUCUGGUUGAGAAGUACUUCAGCACACACAGGAACUAUUUCAUUGCUGUAGCCACGGCAUCAAACAAUGUGGGGGCUGCGUCUCUGAAGGAAAAGGAAAUGGUUGCAAGUCUGUUCUGCAAGUUGGCCAGCUUGUUGCGUUCUCGACUGGCAGCUUUUGGAGCUGAUAUUCGCAUAACUGUGCGAUGCCUUCAAGUAUUGGUCAAAGCCAUUGAUGGAAAAUCAUUGGUGAAGAACUGCCCAGAGUUCAUUAGGACAUCGAUGUUAACAUUCUUCAACAACACAGCUGAUGACUUGGGUCAGACCAUUCAGAACCUUAGAGAUGGACGCUACAGUCACUUGAGAGGUACUCACUUGAAAACUUCCACUUCCUUGUUCUACAUCAAUGAUGUCAUCUUGCCUGUGCUGACUGCCAUGUUCGACCAUCUGGCAGGCUGUGAAUAUGGAAGUGAUCUUCUUCUGGAUGAAAUUCAAGUUGCCUCGUACAAGAUGUUGGGCAGUUUGUAUACUCUUGGAAUUGACGCUACUUUGACUCAUGAUAGAAAAUACUUGAAGACUGAAAUAGAGCGACAUCGACCUCAGCUGGGCACCUGCCUUGGAGCAUUCUCCUCAACAUUCCCUGUCGCAUAUCUGGAGCCCCAUCUCAAUAAACACAACCAGUUCUCUCUCGUCAACCGCAUCGCAGAACACUCCCUCGAGGCUCAAGAUAUCCUGACUCGAAUGGAGAGUACGAUGCCAACUCUUGACAACAUCCUGGCGGAAGUGGACCAGUUCGUGGAGUCUGAGAAGACACAUACGGAUGCACCCCAUGUCAUCGAUGUCAUCAUGCCCUUGUUGUGUUCCUACCUGCCCGUCUGGUGGAACCAAGGCCCUGACAAUGUUAGUCUUACUGCCGGAAACUAUGUUACAAUGGUUACAAGUGAACAUAUGAACCAACUUCUCAAAAAUGUCCUGAAGAUGAUUAAGAAGAACAUCGGAAAUGAAAAUGCCCCUUGGAUGACAAGAAUUGCAGCGUAUACUCAGCAAAUUAUCAUCAACUCUUCUGAAGAGUUGCUAAAGGAUCCAUUCCUGCCAUUGGCUGAGCGCGUUAAGAAGCGUACGGACACUCUGUUCCACAAGGAGGAGUCUCUGCGAGGCUUCUUGAAGUCAUCCACUGACGACACAUCACAGGUGGAGACACAGAUACAAGAAGACUGGCAUCUGUUGGUCCGCGAUAUCUACUCGUUCUACCCACUACUGAUCAAGUACGUAGAUCUGCAGAGGAAUCAUUGGCUGCGUAAUAACAUCUCAGAGGCAGAAGACCUCUACAACCAUGUAGCAGAGAUCUUCAAUGUGUGGUCCAAGAGCCAGUACUUCCUCAAGGAGGAACAAAACUUCAUCUCCGCCAACGAGAUCGACAAUAUGGUCCUGAUCAUGCCGACAGCCACCAGGAGGAGUGCGGUGGUCUCAGAGGGUGGCUCAGUACCGUCUGGCGGAGGAAAGAAAAAGAAGAAGCAUAGAGACAAGAAGAGAGAUAAGGACAAGGAACUGCAGGCCAGCCUGAUGGUGGCAUGUCUCAAGAGAUUGCUGCCCGUCGGUCUGAAUCUCUUUGCGGGUAGAGAACAGGAGUUGGUGCAGCACUGCAAGGACAGGUACCUUAAGAAAAUGCCAGAGUACGACAUCGUAGAGUUCGCCAAGAUCCAGCUGACGCUGCCUGACAAGCUCGACCCUGGCGACGAGAUGUCAUGGCAGCACUACCUGUACAGCAAGCUCGGUAGCAAGAAGGUGAAUGUGAUUGACGGUGCCAAACCCCAGCAGUUAGACGAAGUCGUCGACCGGAUCGUGGCCAUGGCCAAGGUCUUGUUCGGCCUCCACAUGAUUGACCACCCUCAACUGCAAAGCAAGGCCAGUUACCGUUCGGUUGUGUCAACUCAACGCAAGCGAGCGGUCAUAGCUUGUUUCCGACAGCUUUCGCUCCACGCUUUACCCAGGCACCGUGCAAUCAACAUUUUCGCCCGCACCUACUGUGAAAUGUGGUUGCAAGAAGAAAACGUUGGUCAAGAAGUCAUGGUGGAGGAUUUGACACAAUCAUUCGAGGACUCAGAGUUGAAGAAGGGUGAUAAGGAGGAGGACGAAGGCAAGCCGGACCCUCUGACACAGCUGGUGACGACAUUCUGUAGAGGAGCCAUGACUGAACGUAGUGGAGCGUUGCAGGAGGACCCUCUCUACAUGUCCUAUGCUGAGAUUGUUGCCAAAUCCUGUGGAGAGGAAGAAGAAGAAGGUGGUGAUGAGGAGGAAGGAGGAGAAGGGGAGGGGCAAGCUUCCAUUCAUGAACAAGAAAUGGAGAAGCAGAAGUUGCUGUUCCACCAGGCCAGGCUGGCAAACCGUGGAGUCGCUGAGAUGACCUUGCUACACAUCUCUGCGUGUAAGGGUGUACCCAGUGACAUGGUAAUGAAGACACUGCAGCUUGGCAUCUCCAUCCUCCGCGGUGGAAACAUUGACAUUCAGAUGGGAAUGCUGAAUCACUUAAAGGAGAAAAAGGAUGUUGGCUUCUUUACUUCAAUUGCUGGUCUGAUGAAUUCAUGCAGUGUGUUGGAUCUGGAUGCGUUUGAACGCAACACGAAGGCCGAGGGUCUGGGUGUUGGUUCGGAAGGAGCGGCUGGAGAGAAGAACAUGCAUGACGCUGAGUUCACCUGCACUCUGUUCCGUUUCAUCCAGCUCACCUGUGAAGGGCAUAAUUUGGGUAAGUCUUGUUCGGUUCUCUAUUUCUGAGGUAAAAAGCAACAG